CGGGGCGGCACCAGUUUGCGGGGCGGCGUCGCGGGGAUCGAUCGUGGCCGCUACUGCCAGGAGGAGGAGGGGGCCCAUUUUUCCUUCAUUAUCACCCGUUCCCUCGCUCGAAUUUAUGCCCUGACACCACGACGUGACGAUGUGAACCGUUUUUUGUGUGGUUUUAGUUUGUUAUGUUGCGUUAGAAGCCGUUUGGAGGAGAAACUCAACCUCUGUACCGCCCCGUCCACCUCCCCUCCCUCCCUGCCUUGGCCCACGACGGAGAUCACGUUCACGGCUUAACAUGAACACUAUCUAACAGGGAAGCUGGGCCAAAGGCAAGAUGUGUGGAGGCGGUGAGGUGAGCGCCCGAGGUCCCCGCCCCCCCCAGCAGCUCUCGCCGUGCCCCCAGUGCCUCCGCCGUCGCCGCCGCCGCCCACAGUAAUCACCACCAUGACAUCGGCCUGAACCCUCCUCUCCCACACCCCCACACACCCCCCCUAACUCACUCUCCCACUAGUUCACUCCCACCACCACCACUACUACAUCCGCUACCACCACCGCCACGUCCUCCAUCUCUCCUGCCAUUCUUCUCCCAUUCACUGUUGGUUUAUUUGCAUUCUGAGCAGUGUUGUUUAGCCUGUACCAGAAGUUAAGGGUUCCUGCUACCACACAACUUACUUAGCACCACUGGAGGAAGAUAUUUGCUUACCAGAAACGAGAGAAACAAGAGUAGUCUUUUUUCAUCAGUCAGUCACACUGCUCCACACUCUGAUGCCUCUCCCGGCCAGCAUCGCCUAACAGGGUCGUGCUGUGGUUACUGUAGCAGCGUCCUGGUGCUGCUAGAGAGUGGUGGACCAUCCCAACGUGGAGCAUCUCUCUUGCUCCAGUCACUCCGACCUCCAGGAUAACUCUCGUCUAGAGCCAGCAUUGUGAGGCUCUAGAUUGAGAAGUCAUCCCAGUGAUACACUAUGUCACUCUUGUAAUACAUCAACAGUCUCUUCUUUUUUUUGCUCUGUUAAAGUUUUGUUCAGUACCUCCUUAGCUUUAUCAUCCUCUGUUUAUCCCCAUAUAUCAUCUUCCUUUGCCUUCGCACUCUUCCCCUACACGCCUCACUGCUUUCGCAGUCACCUUCCCAAAACCCUCAUUCGUGAUCACGACCUGAAGAUGAAUGAUAGUUUCCAGCCACCCACAGUGUUUAAGUUGUUAUGAAGCUGGUACGGUGUGAGUGGGUGCCCUCACUGGUGGUGGAGUGGCUGUGUGGGGAACUGGAGGAACGCGGCAUUCCCGGCCCCACAUACGCCCAUACCCUGCUUUCCCUCCUCCACCACCACUAUUGCCCCCACCCAGCCCCUGCCGCCCCCAACGCUCCGCCCCACGCCUCAGUCACCGGCUCCUGCCCUGCUGGCACCCGCUACUGCCCCCCACUGUCCCGACGCCUCCUCGAUGACUUUGAUUUGCGCGACUUGGACCUGGAUGACCUGCUAGACCAGACCACUCACCCAGACGCUGACCUCCCAGACCUCUCGACCAUCACCCAGCAGCAGCGUGGAGGGAGCCGCCGGGCACGUAAACGCCACAAGGUCCGCCAAAAACACCGCAUUCUGACCUCAGAGCAACUGCAGAAGGUGGCAGCUCUCCAGUGCCUCAUGUCUGCUUCUGAUGAGCGCUACGACUUAGAGAGCCUUGUGGAAGAACUCUGCUCCCGCCUGAAGACUGCUGCUGAGAACGACCACCUCAAUGCCUCCAACAAGGCGCCGACCUGCAUCACUGGCAAGUCUGUGUCUCUGAACUCGGUGUCCCAGGAGAGUAGCAAUGAUACAGAGGAAUACACUUCUUCAUCCACUCCUGAGGAACAAGCUGAGAGAUAUUAUGCUGCUUUUCCACCUCUAAGUGGAUCUUCCAAGGUGAAGUGUAGCCACGAGAAAGCAUGGAAGUCUGGCGAUGCAUUCUGCUCCUGUGUGUGGGAAGGUCGCAAGCCUCUGUCAGUGCCACACAGUGAGGGCAUCCCAGGCUCAAACUCAGUGAAGAUGCCACGAACAUAUCGCAAGAAGUACCGAGAGAAAAGCAAGAAGGAGGCAGAGGUGAAGCAGGAGGGCCUGGCAGCCCCUGGCCAUGAGGAGCCCCAACGCCACCCGGUGUCCUUCACAUGGCAUGUCGGCACUAAGCACAAGGAGGCGCAGCUCAAAGAGUGCUAUGACACUGACAGCGCCUCAGAGCCAGAGCGGAUCUCCGAGCGGCGCCGCAAGAAAUUUGUGGGGCCCCUGCUGGACGAGGACAUUGGGGAGGGCUACAUUGGGGACACCAGCUCCAGGGAAAGCUCCGAGGACAGGGACAAGGGAGAGCAGGAGUGUGACAAGCCCCGGGAGGAGAAGGGUGACAGAAGCCAGGGCCACUCUGGGGAGGGCAAGGUGAGGGGUGUGAAGGAGGAAUGGGAGUGCAUGGGAGACUUAGUUCUUGGGGUGAACGGCCAGGUGGAUGAGAGCCUGGCAGGGGGUGGAGGGAGCAGGCUGUUUGAGCGUGGCAGCACCUCGGGAGGAUCCAGUGGCUCCAGCAGUGACAUGGAGACCCAGGAAGCCAAGAGUGUGAGGCAGCUGGAGAGGAAGAUCUCCAACACUGUGGCCCAGGUAUGGGGUCAGGCUGGGGAGCUGCUGGGCCAUGGCCGUGGGGAGCACGUGUGGGAUCCCCCGCCAGCCCAGGAGUCAGCCCUCUACACCACUGUCUGGGGCUUCAGCCUUCCAAAGCAGCAGCAGCAGCAGCAGCAGCAGGAACAGGAGCAGGAGCACCAGGAUUUGCUGGAUUCCUCCACCCCCCACCCACAGCAAAGCUUUAGUAGCCAGUUAAUCCAAGAACCUCCAACACCAACACUGAACGGCUGGCACCAGAGCUGCUCCUGGCACCCUGCUGGCUGUGUGGUGGAGGAAGGCUCCCUCGUGUGUAGCAUCUCAAGUCAGAGUCCUUUCAGCAGCCUGAAGGAAAGCUUGACGAGAGACCCCAGCUCCCACCUAGGCAUCCAGAACAACUUUGAGAAGUCCAUUUGGUCUGACUGUAAUGCCAAUGAUAUUUUGAGUAGUGAAAAUGUUCUGCCUUUGUGCCUGGAGGAACACCAGACCAGGAAUGAAGGAGACAAAGAGAAAGAAGAUGGCAAGAAUCACAAUUCAAAUGAUGACUUAGAAAAGAAGCUAAUGGAAUCAUUCAUGCAACUAAGCUUGGAGAAUCUAUGGGAGAAUACUUUAGGUCUUGAAAAUGUAUUUACAGAUCUUAGUGUAAGUAAUAGUAACUUAGAGUGUGUGUCAGAAAACACCAACUUAGAGGAAGUUACUCAUGGUAGCCACACAGAUUCAGAGCACGAGAAGAUGAUGGCCUUGGUGGAAGACGUCUGCAACAGUGAUGAGUCUCAGGAGGAGGAGGAGUCCCUGGACAGCUCCCUGAUGAAGGAGCUUCCCUCUGGACCCAUCGGCCCCCAUGCCGUGCUGCACCACACAGAGAACAGUGGCUUCUCCAUGGUGGUUCCUCGAGGCAAGAGUGCCGAGGGCAGCCCAUCUCUUGAGCACCGGCCCGAGAGCCUCCUGGUGGACCCUGUGAGUGUCGGCAGCAGCAGUGGUGACGCUAUGGCCUGUGCCAGAAUGCUGGAAGGCAUGGACUCCCUCCCACCAGCCCAGGAGGAGGAGAACCUGCUAACCUCCCCCAGGACCCACUUCCGCCCCAUCCGGCAGGACAGCAUUGGCAGCAUCACUGAUGACCACUACGAGGACGGCACAAUGUUCAUCGUCAACUCUGAGCGACCUGACUUGCCCUUCCAGCGCACCAGCAGUGGAGCGCUUUUCCUGGAGAGCGACAUCCUGGAGGGCUCUCCUAAGAAGUACAUGGUGUACAAGGAGCCGGCUCCCAGAGUGGCCCAGGGGGAAGAGGAGCAGACUCAGGUCACCAGGGAGAAGCUGGCAGCCAUUGCCCUUGUGCCCAAGUUCAAGGUGAUAAACAAUGAGAAGUUCUGCCAGACGGAGGAAGACAGCGUGCAGGGAGGAAGAAAGCCGUGCUUCAAGAUUAAGGUAGAGAAACUGGCACUCUUCAACAACAACCAUUACGCCACAGCGGAUGACGAGAAGGACCCAGAUGUGUUUGAGUUCCAGCAGCAAGACUUCCCAGACAACACCACACUGGCAAACAUCUGGAAGAACAGCAAUGAGGAGGACAAGAGGAAUCAGUUGAAAAACAUUUGGCAGAUGCAACAGAAGGUAGACAGUGGGAGUGCCUGGACUUACCUGAGUGGCACCAAGCCUGGGAUGGCAUGGCUGGAUCAGGAGGAGGAGGGGGCCACAGGAUGGAGCAGUGAGGGGCACUUCCAGCCACCCCUGCCUGUAGAGAGGAACAGUAAAUCAGAGGCAGUCGUCAUCCCCACCUCUCUGGCCUCGCUGUGGCACCAUAAUAGUUCCCCAGAGUCCCCCACCAUCCCCUCGUCUGUGCCCAGCCUGCAGAACCUGUGGGCCAGCUACAAGGUGCCCGGCAUGGAGGAGUCUGAGCACGAAGGAGCAGGAGGACAGAAGUAUGUCAUCACCAACCCCACAACUCACAUCCCAGGGAAAUAUAAUGAGGGAGGAGGCCCCAGCUUGUCUUCCAUGGUAGAGUCUGGGCCAUGGAGCCUCAGAGCAAGUGAAGAAGUACCCAUAAGUGCCAGGAAGGAUCAGAUCUGGUCCGAGCAGCAUCUCCUAAGCAGCAGUCAGCAGCACCUCCACAUUGGUGAUCAAAAUAGGAUCACCUCCCUUAGUGUAACUUGUGAAGCACCAGGAGCAUGCUCUGAGUUGAGGCUUGAAGUGGACCAGGAGGCUGAUGAACUGCUUGGCGCUGUCAAUGCUCACACCAACUUCUCCCAGCCGGGUGCUCCUCAGGCCAGCUACUCACCCAAGCCACUACAUGAGCGCCUCAGGAAGUACUCUGGCAACCCACUCAGGAGGGUGGAGCAGAAGGGAGACAUAGAGCGUGAGGACUUGGCUGACCUGGCACCAGACUGGGAACUGAACGACGGCUUUGAGUGGGGCCUGCAGGCAUCUGGGGCGGUGGAUGGGGAGGAUGCGGCAGGGGAUGAGGAUGAGGGUGAUGGGGAGGUGCUGGUGUACGAACAUGAUGGGGUGACUUACACAAUCCCUGUAGAGUAUUUGGACGACUCACUCUAUGACCAGAUCUUUGGUGCCUCGGAUGCCCCCUCCCACCGCCUUGGUGGGUCCCUCCCAGACCUCCCCUCCGGCCAUCCCUCCACUAUAUACUUCUCUAGUGAACUGGAGGACAAGUGGAAGCGCAGUGGUGUGCCAUACAAGGUCCAGCUGCCUCGCAAGCCCCGGCCAGGCCGCUGGUUGCCUCCCUCUCGCCGCCCCUGCACUUUCUUCAUGGAGGGGAGCUGUCGACGGAGUGACUGCAAAUUCUCUCAUGACCUGGCGUCCAUCACCUGCAGGUUCUGGGAGGAGGGCUCGUGUCUGAAGGGCAUCACCUGCCCCUUCCUGCACGGCUACCCGCUACGUCGGCGCCGCAACAAGAGUGAGGGAGCAGUUCACUCUGAGGGGGACCGUGUCGACCCCCACAGCUCCUCCUUUGAGAUUGACUCAGAGAUGGACUUCCCAACUCUUGGUUCAUCUUGUGACAGUAAGGCAAGUAGUACAGACGAACGUGGUGGAUUCAUCCCUGGCUAUCAUGCAGCAGCAGCAAGAAAGAAGAAACGUAAAUUUAUAACAAUCACCAAAAAUGUUUUAGGCGAGAUGAAAGGAUUGGAGGCUGAGAAAGCCCUCCACCGCAUCCCCCGGCGUGACCGGCGGCGGCGGCACACAGACACCAGCACCACAGAUCUGCAUGAUACCACCACCACCACCACCACCACCACUACUACUGCUGCUGCUGCUACUACUGCUGCUGCUGCUGCUGCUGCUGCUGCUGCUGCUGCUGCCGCCACUGCCACUGCUGCCGCCAUGACCACCACCACCACCAGUGCCAUCAGCAACGACCCUCCUCCAAGCCAUCACAGCGCCAGGAAAGCCAAGCGGCACCGUGCCUCGGCCUCAGGCCAUGACGAUGGCACAGUUUCAGACUACUGACAGCGUGUGGCGUGGUUCCCCCCGCCCCCAGGGGUGCCUGCAUCACAGCGGUGUGUCGGGGCAAGAGGGCAGCACCUUGGCACUCUCACCUUAUCUCUGCCUCAGGUCAAUGCUGCUGCCCAGACGGGGCCAUACUGCUCAAGAACUUUCUAAUGUUUCUUUGAUGAAAAUGGCUUGAAAAGUGGCCAGUGAACAAGGAAAAGCAAGCUUUGGGAAGUUAGUGUAGCAGCACCCAACCUUGCUGAACGAAACCUUCCCAAGAUGAAGCAUGGCAUGGAGUUCCUAAUUUUCCAAGGUAGCUGUUAUUCAGGGUAUAUUUCUCCCCCUUUCCACCUUCUUCCUUCCCUCCCUCCCCUCCCUUUCUUACGCCCCCUGGAGGCUCCACCGCACCACAUGGCUGUAAGAGAUCAAACACUGCAGCACCAACACAUGAAGGCAAGACUAAAUUGUCACACAGAGUAGCCUGAAGAAGCAAUCUCCUUGCCACUAUAUAAGGAGUCAUAGAUUUUUACUUGAGCCUUUUCUUUACAUUAUAUAAAGCUGCAGAAUCAAAAUGCAGCCUUAAUGGAAGUCAUCAGUGGAAUGAUUUUGUUUGUUAAUAUAUUUUCAGAUUUAUUAAUGUGUUUGGUAGUGUACCUUAAGCUUAACAUCUGAGUCACUCAUAGUUAUUUCCCAUAUUAAAUAAUCAUGUUUACAAUGAUAAUGGUUUAUUUCAAGUAUCAUUUUCUUAUAUUUCUGGAAUGCUUUUUUUUUUUUUUUUUUUUUUUUUUUUUUUUUUUUUUUUUUCCCCUCAGUCUGCCAUAUAAUAUGGUGCCGUUAAUUCUUAAAGAUGCCCCCAUAAUUCUUUCUCCUUAUGUAUAAUCAUUAUAUAUAUGAAUCUUAUAUAAAUACACUGACCAAGCUUUUGUCAGUAUGCAGCACACUGUAGCUACACUUUUAUUUUCACAUUAACUACUCAUUUUUCUUUUUUAAUUUUUUGGUGCGUGUGUAUGGUAACAGUUUAGUAAAGUGAGAUGAUGCAUCCUUCACACCAAUAUUCUGCUCACUUUACUGUUAGUUUACCUCAAGGUUUGAUUCAAAAUUUAGUGGAAUUGUUAGGUUGACGCUGCUCACUGUGCCUGCCUCACUGAGGGCGCCUGCUGCUCCUUGGCCUCUUGGUGCCCUGGGUGCUCCGGUUACAUCAGACAGAAGACUUCCAACUUUUUAUAUGUUAGCGGAAGGCAUUUGACGAGAUUUUCCCAUGCACCAAGAGGCCGAGAUCAGCUUUGUCUUGCUGAGGCAACCUACUGAGCUGUGUCAAGUCCCUCUAUUGGAUCUGCUAUUAAGUAUUAUCUGAGCACACUUAGAAACUUCCCUUGAAUGUUUUAUAAGUAAACAGGCAGUUAAUCACACCUUCAAUUGGCCUUUAUAGUACAACUUGCCUACACUUUCCUCUGAACACCCUUUACUGUGGCCAGUACAUCCAGUCAUCAAGUGUAAAAUGUAUUGGAGAAAAAAAUUAAUUCAAUCAGUUUUGUGUUUUGCGAUGUGUUGUGACAAUAUUCACGUCAUGGAAAACAGACCAGAAAAUAUCAAUAUGGAGGCUUCUUUGUUUGUGGAAAAAAUUUAUAUAUUUUGUGUGUGGUUACGUUUAUUAUCAAAAUGCAUACAUUUAUUGCUCCUCAGAAUAUUUGUCUAGGAGUAUGUGAGCAUAUGUAAGAAUGAGAGAGUGUAUGAAUGAGUGUGUGGUAUUUCCUUGGCUCCUGGCUUGGGAGAUUUACCACAGAAGAAUGAACCACUUUGGUUCUCUUCAUUUCAGACGAUAUGCAGCCUUGUUUAGUGCGCUGCCAUUUGUACUAAGGGUAUUCAUGCACUGUCUUCUUCAUGCCCUCUUUAAGAUAGCCAAUUAAGCCAGCAUUUUUGGCCACUACUGUUGCUGAAUGUAUGGAGUCCUUGAGCUAUGUUAGGGUACAAAGAUAGUGUCUGAAGCCCUUCAAACUACCCAGAGGAGCUGGUGCAGUUACUCUCGCCUUCAGAGAGGUGCUCAGUUCAUCUUGAAUUCAUGCAGAGUUGCUCGUACAGAAGCAGGGGCUCUGGUGAUCAUGUCCCGUGCUUGUGUGUCCCUUGGGCUCAGUCAGCAGGAAAUGAAGCCUCGUGGCAUGUGUGUCAAAGUACGUUAUGGCCACCCAAGAAAAAAAGCGAUCAAACAUCGUCUUUCCAGAAAUGGACCGACCAGACUGAAAACUUGGCCAUGUUACAGAACUUGCCCCAAGUGAGUGUUCCCGUGGAAGGUUCGGUGCGUGGCAUGCCACUGAUGCCGUGAGUUUGGUGAAGUGCCAAUCAAGAGUGAGGGAUCUGGCCUCCUAAGUGCCACGCUCUCACCUUUCUGCCCAUGAGCUCCACCACAUGAUCCCUGUUCUCUCUUAUUUUCAUAAUAUAGUAAGGAAUAAUACUUACUCAAGAAGUGAAUGAAUGUAAGGAGGUUGCUAAUUUUUGAUGAGGUAUCUUCUUAUUUUCAGCUGGAUUAUGUUGGCAGAAUUACUCCUUCUAGUCAGGCAACCCAAAGUAUUGUUUAGUUCUUUUGAGUCCUUUAAAAAAUGUGAGGUCACAAGCUUUUUGUAAGAAAUUUAGAAGCAGAUGAUUGCAGUGAUUUUGCAGGAUGAAACUGAAUGUUCUUAUUAAGUUUGUUGUAUCCCACUGUUGUGAGGAUGAUUAACAAAGAUUUUGUAGUUGUUUCUUGCUCUGCUGUUAUGAGAAGCAAUAAUGUAAUGUCUUGAAAAGUAAGAGGGAACAUGAAGAGAAAAAUCU